AGAAAUAGUUUACUGGAGCCCUGUCUCUUAGCUAAAACAAAAGUAAAAGAGUUUUCUACAAUUCUAAACAAAUAUUUACAAAAAAAGCAGCUAGAAGCCACCUUAACAUAAAAAAGACCGAAAAUGGCCGCUCUGGCUAGCUUGACUGCCCAGUACACGGAUUCCGAGAAUGAAGGCGAUGCCAGUCCAGAUUCCCAAAAUUCGACGGCGUCCCAGGUCAUUAUUCCGCCCAAGCGUCCCUCACCAACACCUACCAAGCAGGAUGAAGAAACCAAGCGAUCCAAAGAGAAGAAAAAGAAGAGGGCCAAGAAAGUGCGAAGAUUAGUGAGCUACCAGGAUGACACACUGAUUUCCGACGAGGAUGAGGAUCGGGCAGCGCCCUCCAGCGAAGAGGAGUCCAGUAGCAGUGAUGAAAGUGAUAGUUCCAAUUCGCAAGGCGCAGAAAGUCCCAACAUCAAAGAUAAGAGCAAUGCAGGAAACGGUUCCAAGGAGGUAGACACUCCCAUGGAGGUGGACGAGGAACCUGGAGGAUUUCCAACGGAAGAACGGACGGCUGAAAGCUACGAAAAAGAUCCCAAGUAUGCCAAGUACAAAUUCCAACUGCCUCCCGAACCCAAGGGUAAACCCUCUGCAGAAUUGGUGGCCAAGAUCACCAAGAUGUACACGAAGAUGCGCCAGACAAAUAUGGACAUGAAUCGCGUGAUACAGGACCGCAAAGAGUUCCGUAAUCCCAGCAUCUACGACAAACUAAUCAGCUUUUGCGACAUCAACGAGUUUGGCACAAACUAUCCACCUGAGAUAUAUGAUCCCCUGCAAUGGGGCGAAGAAUCCUACUACGAGUCUUUGGCGGCAGUGCAGAAAACGGAAAUGUUGAAGAGGCAGAAGGAUCGCAAGGAUAUGGACAAGGUGGAGCAGGCCACAGCUUUGGCCAGGAAGGUUGAGGAGGAGGCCAAAAAGCGCAAAUCCAAGUGGGAUCAGCCAGCUGCUUCAACCGUAGUAAAACCCACUCUUCCUGCUCUGACCACCACUGUUACUGGUACCAAGGGCACAGUCAUCUCCGCCUUUGGAUCACUUCCCAAAAAGCCUGCCGCUUAGAUUAUAAUAACUAAAUAAACAUUUAUUUCUUAUUAA